CAAAUUACUACAUACGAAGAAAAUCUUCAGGAAGAACCCACCAACAUCAAUGGCUACACUGAGCAAAGAGAUCUUGCUUCCACCAUUGGAUGCUACUGGGGUGCAACCUCCUCUUUUUGAUGGAACUACUAGGUUGUAUACCUGUUACACAUGCCCAUAUUGCCAACGUGUUUGGAUCACCAGGAAUUACAAGGGGCUACAAGAGAAGAUCAAGUUGGUUCCUUUAAACCUUCAAAAUAGACCUGCUUGGUACAAGGACGUGUACCCUCCAAACAAGGUUGGUAUCUGUGGAUUGUUAUAAGAACACAUUAUUGUAACUACAAUGUUUUAUGGUUUGCUGGUUUUUGUUAAUUAAUCUAAUUCUUCUCUUUCUCGUUGGUUCGAAAUGCAACUCGAAAAGAAAAUAAUUUGUUAGUUCUGCUUCUGGUAUGAUCCCCCACUUCAUCCAGUGUUACCGUCUUGCACUUCAUGAUCAUCAUGUUACUUGGUACUAUAUUUUUCUGGUAAUGGUGAAUGAGAGAAUCUGAUUGAAGCUACUCACAGGGUAGACAUAGAAUAGGAAGAUACUCAAUGAACCGUAGGAAUGAGU